AUGACUGUCUCCAGUCAAACAACCUGGCUGGACAUCUCCUGGCACCUGUAUCAGCUCUGGACACCACAAAACCUUUCCACCAUCUACAAGGGACAAGUCAGGAAUGUGGGCAAAUACAUGGCCAACAUCUGUCAAGAGUUUAACACCAUCCACGAUGAAGCAAUCCCCUUGAUUAAUGUUGCUGCCGUUGUCCUUAUCUCGUACAAACAUCUGGGCUCUCUUAUGGAACAGAACCUUAUGGAAGGCUGCGAGAAUGAAAGCAAGCUGGGGCUGAACUCAGAUAUUGUUAGUGCUGCAAUAACGAACACAGGCAGGAGCCACCUCCUGGAACCAGUCACUCUCACCUUCGGCAACAAGAAGCUCACUGAUAAAAGAGCCAAGUGUGUCUUCUGGAACAGCUCAACCUCCAGAUGGUCCACUCAAGGCUGCCAAUUGGUUGAGUUCAACGCAGCAUACACAGUGUGCAACUGUACGCACCUGACAAGCUUUGCGGUGCUCAUGGCCCUGGAUGUAAUAGAGGGGAAUGAUGCUCACAAUCUACAUCUGAUCACUCUGGUCGGCGUUAUUGUCUCUCUGGUUUGCCUUGCGCUGUCAGUCCUCACCUUCACCCUGUGUCGGGCCCUUAAAAGUAUCAGGACCACCAUCCACACUCACCUGUGCAUCAGCCUCUUUUUGGCAGAACUGCUGCUCAUCUUUGGAAUGGACAAGACCGAAUAUCGGGAUCUUUGUGCCGUCAUCGCUGGAUUCCUGCAUUAUUUCUUCCUGGCCUGUUUUUCCUGGAUGCUCCUGGAAGGUGUGCAGCUUUACCUCAUGCUGGUGAAAGUCUUCAAUGCAAAGAGUAUGAGACCAACGUACAUGUACUUGUUUGGCUACGGUUGCCCCCUGAUUACUGUUGGCAUCUCAGCAGCCGUGUAUUCCCAGGGAUAUGGAACAGAGAAGCAUUGUUGGUUGGAUCUAAAGAUGGGAUUUAUCUGGGCUUUCCUGGCUCCGGUCUGUGUGAUUAUUCUGGUCAAUGGAGGAUUUUUUAUUAUGACUGUGUUGAAACUGACUGAAAAGUUUUCAAGUAUCAAUCCUGAUAUGGACCAGUUGAAGAAAAUCAGGGUCUUUACCUCCACUGCUGUCGCUCAGCUCUGCCUCCUGGGAUGUACUUGGAUAUUUGGCAUGUUGCACUUCCAGAAGGAAACAAUUGUCAUGGCCUACAUCUUCACUGUGAUCAACAGCAUGCAAGGAAUGUUCAUAUUCAUCCUGCACUGCCUCCUUAACAAGCAGGUGAGGGAUGAGUACGCCAACUUCUUCCACCGUUUCUACCUAUUGAAGAAAGACUUAAAAUACUCUGAGUUUUCAACUUCAUCGACGCAGGGCCCGAGAAGCGUUCAUGAGACGGGAAUGUGAUUGAAAGCACGAGAGCUCUGCUGAGCCGGCUACAGCUGCUUCUAAAGCGAGAGGCACAGAGCACAAGAGCAACAGUGCACUGACUCUCUUUGCUUGGGACUGUAACUCGCCUCUCCACUGGGACUACCCCAUUGCUGCUGCCACCCUCUCCCCAUUCUUACCUCCAUCGCUCUGUUUCAAUUUGCUACAAACUU